GAAUUUGUAACAAAACAAACAUGUAAUAAGUCCUUUUGUUUAUUAUACAUAUAUAAUAAUUAUUACCAAUGAAUAUAAACGCACGAAAUUGGUGAUAUUACUAAAGUAAACAAAAUAAAGUUUAAUCAAAUGGAUGUAAAACAAGAAAUUAGCGAGGGUGCUUGUAAAACAGAAACCGAUAAUCAUGAGCUGUGUGGUUUUUCUUUGGACACCUGCAAAAUUGAAAUUAAACAGGAACCCAAGAAAGAAAAUACGUACGAUGAUACCUUUGAUUAUUUAGACUUAAAGGAAUACCCUAUAAAGACGGAAAUAGAUGAUGCUGAUGAGUUUAAACUUACACCCCAUGAAGAAAAAGAAAGAUAUGAAAAAGGUUUCUUUUACGAAGAUUCACAAGUAGAUGUCUACGAUGUACUAAAAGAAGAACACCUUAUAGCUAACCACUUAAAGCAAUAUUUGGCUGAGACUAUGAAGUUAAGCCCUACAGAGAAACUUUUCGCUUGCAAAAUUUGCCCUAAACAAUAUUCUACAAAGAAUGAUUUGAAACUACAUAAGAGACUGCACUCUGGCGAAAAAAUCAUUACGUGUACACUGUGCUCUAAACAGUUUUUAAACGAUUCACUAUUGAAAGUUCAUAUGAGAGUUCACACUGGAGAAAAACCUUAUGCAUGUGAAAUCUGCUCAAAACGAUUUUCAUCAAGUUAUUCAGUACAACAACAUAAUAUGAUUCACACCGGCGAAAAACCGUUCGUUUGUAAAUGUUGCAGCAAAGAGUUCGCAAGAAACACGGCCCUAAAAAGACACAUGGGAGUACACACGGCAGAAAAACCGUUCAUGUGUGAAAUAUGUUGCAAACAAUUCUCACAGCGCUCCUACCUAAAAGACCACAUAAGAGUUCACACUAGAGAAAAACGUUUUACGUGUGCAAUCUGCAGCAAACGAUUUACCACCAGUUUUUAUUUAAAAUUACACACGAGGAUUCACUCCGAAGAAAAAGGCUUUAAAUGUAACAUUUGCUCCAAACACUGUAUAACAAAAACUGUUUUAAAAGUCCACGAAAGGAUACAUACUGGUGAAAGAACCUUCACGUGCAAGAUAUGUAGUAAACAGUUUGGACAAAAUUGCAAUCUACAAUCACAUCUAAGAGUGCACACCGGAGAAAAACCUUAUCGGUGUGAAGUUUGCUUGAAACAGCUUUCACACAGUUUUAGUCUAACAAAACAUAUGAGAAUACACAAUGGGAAAAUAUCGCCUGUGUGUGAAAUUUGCAACAAAGAAUUUUCAUCAAAGAAGCAUUUAAAAGAACAUAUGAAAACGCAUACUGAAAAAAAAACCUUUUGCUUGUGAAAUAUGCCCCAAACAGUUUUCACGGAAGUUUCAUUUGAAAAAGAACGCCAAAACGCAUACUGGGCAAAGUGUUGACAUCUAAAGCCGGACUGAAAUGACUCAUGUACUUGGCGAAUAAUCGUCACUUGCGUAUACUUGCCAUGCCGUGUGAGUGUGUUACUCGUACAAUUAUUUGUCACUCGUUGGUUUUCCAUUUCUUGUCGGUAAAAAUGACCCGAGUCAAAGGGAUCACUAUGAGUCGUACACUUCCCACGUACAUACUUGUCUAUACUUGCAAAGUCACUAAAACGAAAUGUAUAAAUAAUUUGCAUUUACAAAUAAAUGAUUUUCAAAUACACCACCUAGAAAGUUGAUAGUUUUUGCAUUGUGUUUAGGAUGAUCUCAGGAAAAAGUCUACAAUAGAAAAAUGAGUGAAAAUGCAUAAUUAAUAAUUGCAUUUUAAAGUGCAUAACAUGCAUGCAGAAGUGCCUAAACAUAUCAAAAUAAGCAUAUUAAGAGGCAACUUUUAUUACUCCUAUUUACUGUUUUCGGAGUCGCUGAACCUGACUACGCCAUCAGAACCUACCCCCGGAGCACCUGGUGCCCAUGGUCACUGCUAAGGCAAGUCAUCUGAAGGUUCAAGGGCUAUCAGCGCUAAAUUCAUGCAAACAGUUUACUUAGAGGUUUAUGGAGUCGCCGAAAACGAAUACGCCAUCAGAACCUAUCCCCCGGAGCACCUGGUGCCCGGGGGGGUAGGUCUGCUAUAGCACGUCAUCUUCUGGACCCCCGGGCGCCCAUAUAAAAAUUUUUAUUUAGGAGGGGCUAGACGUAAAGAUAUUUCAUAUUACAUUUUGUAUAGGUACUUUGGAUAACAAAUAGACCGGGAGAUAUUAUACAGAAGUUCAGCCACGAUUUUCUCAGUCCUGCCUUUUGCAAUACUGGAAGGGUAGACGAAGUACUUACAAUCUGUGGAAACAUCCACAAAUUUCCUUUGACAUUUUCCUGUAAAAACUAGAUUUUCCCAAAUAUAAAAAUAGGGUUUUGCGAUGAAUUUCUGAGUCCUGCCAUAUCCGUAGAAUGACAGGAUACUAUCGAUUUUAUGAAGAAAAUUUUUUGGGCAGGAGGGUUGCAAACGGGCUAACGGAGUAUAUAUGUAUACAAAUAUGUAAGGAAAAUAAUGAAAUUUUCAUGAUUUUCUCGGUCCUGUCAACUAAAUAAAUUAAACAUAUUUAUUUCAAAACGAUCAAAAAAAUAUUGGCAUGACGUCUCCUAAUGUUUCGCUUGGAAAAUUCUGCGGAAAAUUUUCACCCUGAUUGCGUGACUUCUGAGUCCUGCCUUUAAAAAGUUUUAAUACUCAAAUGCAAUCAAUACUUUUUCGGUACUCGGCAGGAAGGUUAAACGGUUCUAGUAAGACGUCAAGAGUCCUAAAUUUAUAAGAAAACUCGGGAAAAAUUCCACGAUGUUCUGAGUCAUGCCAUUUUGCAUAUGUUUCAAGAAUCUUAAUAUAAGUCUAUUUAGAAAGAGGCAGGAUGGUUUUAUAGUUAUUUCGCAUACAGGGUGGGGCAUUAGUGUGACAAAGUCCAAUUGCUCGUUUGUCGUAAGAUACGAAAAAAGUUAUUUAGGUAAAACGUGGGGCAAAGAUAGGAUCAUAAUUUAAAAAUAUUUUCUAACAUACAGGGCGACACAAACUUAUGUUUUUUUAAUGGAACACUCUGUAUAUAAUUUUAAGAUUCCUAAGAUCAUUUUAAGACAAUUUAACACAAUUCACCUAAUCCAAAAAUGUUUCCUAAGGGAGCUAGAGCUCUUUGAAGAUGGCGCCUUAAUUAGUUUUUUAUAUCUCCAGAACGCUUCCAUUUCGAUACACAAAAACUGGUCCGCCUUUUUAUCUUCCAGAGAUAAAUCGAUUCCAUCAAUUGCGAAUCUCUAGUACCGGUCAUAGGAGUCCGUUUUGGGUAGGACAACGGCUAUUUUAUCGCAUAACUUUUAAUAAAUGCGAAAAAUUUUA